GUGCUUUCGACUGAGCCAUGCUUCCGUAAAGCGCUGCGGUUUUGGCGGAUCAGCUCUCGUUCUGUUUGCUACUCCUAUUGACCCCCCAAAACAAACAAACAAACCAGCAAACCUUAGCAUAAUAAUUAUCAUAGAUCUGCAAGGGCGAAAUACGAUGAGUUUUGGGUAUCGCGGAUUGCAGCGCAGCGACCGUCUUCUCCCGCUGGAGUCGUCGGAGGUUCUCGCGGCGACCGAUUGCUUUCGCCUGCACGUACUGGACGAUGAAUGCGAUGUUAGGUUGCACGAGCACGUGUCGUUCUAUUGGGAUCAGCAGCGGGAUUAUCAGGCCUACCAGCGGCGACUGUUGCGGCAGGUGCGCUCCACGAAAGGCCCCGUACGCUUCGUGGGGUUUCCGCAGGUUCGAACGCCACAGACGGCAGGCGAGCACGACAGGUCGUCCGCUUCCGCAGCUGCGCCCAACGUCCAUGCUCAUGGUCACGACGCCGGCACUACAUCAGCCACACAAGGCAGAGACACCGUUCUCGUUGCUUCUGCACCGCAGAGUGCACCACCCUCCCACGCCAGCGACAGCGCCGACGACGCAGUGGCGGAAUCCAUGUGGACACCGCCCCGCUCGCUGGCUGCAUGGAACUGGGUGCGCCUGGUUGCACCCUACGAACGCCUGCUGUGUCCCUCGUUGCUCUUCAGUGCGCUGCUGUCCCCCGCUGUUGGGGGUAGCAACACGUCGCUACUGUACGGCACACAGCCUCCUUCUUCCUCUUCUUCGUCAUCCCCGGUAAGCUCCUUGCGUUCUCAACCGUGCGUUACGGCAAAGUGGAGCACACAAACGUGUCGCACGCUGUGGGCGCUGCACGACACCGCUGCCGCUGCAUCGCUCCCCGCGCAAGAGGUGUACGUGCUGUGUGCAGGGACGCUGCUGUACCUGGACGUGGUGAUCACCUCCGGCAAAGUGUGGGAUGAACUGGAGGGGCUGUGGGGGAAAGAUUGGAUGGCUCUACAAGACGACAGCUCCCCAGCAACUGCAGACAAGAGCAGUACAUCGCACAGCACCAAGGAUGAGGAUAGCGCAUUUGACUCACAGGUCAACUCGCUCACUGCGUUCAAGGCCAACCUCUCCCAGCCACCACAGACCUACGCUUCGCUUGUGCAACACGUCCGCAUCCUCUUGGAGGCCCUCCUGUUUGUUGCCCCAGCUAUCGAGGGAGGCGCCCACGCAACCUCCGCUACGUUGUCCGCUAUCCAAAAAGCUUCCCUUUCAUCUCCCCAGCCGCUCCUCCCGUGGCUGCUGGCAGCCGCCGAGGCGGAGGAGUGGACUGCGUUCACCAACCCUAACACAGCCACCAACCCAUCGUCCCCGUCUGUCUCCUCUUACACCGACCACAACGCACGACACACGUCUGCGGUGGCCCAGGUAUUGAAACUGGCGGUGCGGGAAUGGCUGUCGCGCAGAGGCACCACCGUCAGCGCCGCCGCCCCGACAGGCAGCCGCGCCGUAUCGUUGCCCAUGCGGGACCUGUGUGUUUCUCGCGGGUCGCCGCAGCUGAGCCGCUACCCGACUACGAACGCGCCGGCUGCGACACGGCCGCGGCAAGCGAAUUCGAAAUCCGCUGACACGACAGGAAGCACAGGCGAACUGGAGAACAAUGAGAACAGCGGCAUCAGAAGCAGUGGCGGUGAUAGCGGCGGCGCUGGGCGUGAGUUGAGUUUAUCGAGUCCGACUGCCGAUGUGGGUAGCGGUGUGGGAGCAGCGGCCUCGUCACCGUCUUCAACCUCGGUGCAGCCCUUCGCUUUCGAAGCCUUUGAGCCGCAUGACACGCCACGUGCGCAGCAUCCAUUUUCGCUGCCGCCUUUACCGCAAGAUCCGGCCUUUCUCGUGUUCCUCGUCGUGUGGCGACGAACGCUGCGGCGGUGCGUGCUAGAGAGGAACGUGGCGCGGCAGCAGCUGCGACAGGUCAUCCUUGGCCAGGCCGGUCAGCGCUGCGAGGAGCUCUUAAAAAUGGCACGCCAGAAGCACCGCACGACACCGCUGACACCAUUGUCCACGCAAGGCGAAGCCGCCGUUGUGCGCUCGAACGCGGGCAUCCAAGGCGUCAAGGGAAAAGACGGAAAGCCGUCUAGUGAUACAUCUAUCAAAGCAGCGCCUCUUCACACCUCAUCAGACUCAUCCAUAUCGCCCUCUCCUCCUUCGCUGCUGGCGGCCGCAGCAACGAAGCCACCUUCUUCGCCUUCUGCCCCAACCGUUGUACAACCAACGCCUCUGGCACCACCAGCGCAGCCGCUGCGGCUUCUCACGAACAAUCCAGCUGCGACGUCGUUUCGCGUACGCGGCCCCCGCUCAGGGGAGUGGCUGACAAGCCGCACCCGGGCAUGGAGUGGCUUUCGCGGGGAGCUCUUUCGGUGUGUGGGCAGCCCGCCUCCUCCCCCGACGCCGUCCCCUGCGUUGACGACUCCACUCGGCGAGCCGCACGGUUCGCCCUCUACUCGCCCGCGACUCCGAUCCUCGCGUGUCGCCCAACCCCGAGCGGAGAUCUACUCCACUUCGUCCGAGUUGCUCUUGGAACCGUUUGUGGACGGAGCGCUGGAGCUAGACAGCAGCACGCGCUCUUCGCCCUCCGCGUCAGCGACGAAUGCCGCCACCGCUGACCCGCUCACGACGGAGGAGCUGGCGGACCGGUUGUGUCGACUCGGUGCCGCGCUGCCCUGCUACGCCACCGAAAUCUCCGGCGAUCGCCUGCGCCCCGCCGACGCGGACUUUGCGCGCGACGUACUCCAGCAGCAAUGUCUGCCGCUCUUCUUGGCCUGCAAGCGCCGCGGCAUCCAGCAGUGGUGCCUGCGUGGGUGGCUGAGAGGGUUGGUCCUCACCUUGUUGGACAACAGCGGCACGGAGUCGCGUGUUGCGACGCCGGCGAAGCUGCUGCAGAUGAGCAAGCAGCAGCUCGCUGCGGCGAUGGGUGGCGCAGACACCACCGACACCACCGCGGCGCUGCGGAUGCUGCUGGAGGGCGGCCUGAGUGAGGUGGUGGCCUUCCUCGAGUACGUGCAGAAACGGAAGGAGCGAACGCUGCGGUGGCUGUCGGUGCGGCGGGAGUCCGCUGGUGGGACGGCGACCGCCUUUUCUUCGAGUUUCCCAACGUCGCUGUCGACGUGCUCGGCCGUGGAGGCGUUGCUGCUGCGUCGGGCGGAAGAGAGCGCCAUCUUCAGCAUUUUCCAGUGUCACCCAGAGGCGGUGGCGUUGAGUGGGUGCGGGGUGCAGCGCCUUGCCUUGUACGCCAAUGCACACAAGGGCCGGUCGUUGGCGCUGCUCGUGCGCACCUGCGGGGUGGUGGUGGAGUGGGAUAUGCAGGACUGCUACGCGCCGCCGCGGCACCGACGUCUCCGUGUGCCAAAGCGAAUGACGACACAGGAAAGGCGGAAGUCGGCAUCAGGCGUCGUGAACGGCGACGAGGCACCGCCGGCCGAGAUCGGCACCGCUGUCGAGCGACUGACACUGCGGCACGUGCGUGGGAUGCUGCAGUACUACUGUCGUGCGUUGGUGUCGUCGUCGCCGUCUGCGGCGCAGAAAGGAGUGGGUGCGACGACAUCGAAUACGACAACACGCUCUCCUGGGAGGGCGGCACCCGCGUCUUCACCUACGCCAGCGCCGGCAGCAUCGAUGCCCGACACGUCUUCUUCCUCUCCGACGCCGUCCACAGGAACCAAACGCCCGCGCGAUGACAACGAGGGGAGCGAAGACCCCUUACCGAAAACGACGGCUGAUGCUACUGCUGCAGCGCGCAGUAACGCCCUUCCGACAGCCAAGGAAGAGGACUCUCCUCACACCAAACCGGAAGAAGAGAGGGACACGACCAAGACGGAUGACAGUGGGGGCGGAGCGGCGCCGGAUCAGUCCCCUUCGCAGCCCUCGACAGUCGCAGAGAUGGCCCUUGAGCGAACGACUUUGUUCCCCGUCGAUCGAGCAGUCGUUCUCUUUGUUCUGCGCCACCAUCCGCAGUACUACACGCACGUCGUGGGGUGUGGGGUGAAGGAAGUGUACGUCGCCCUCGGCUCCACCUCCGCCGAUGCUGCCGUUGCGGCUACGACGGAGACGGAGGCGAAUUCGACUGGUGCAGCUCCCGCUGAAGAUAAUGAAGCUGCAUCGAAAGCCUUUUCUCCUCAAGCGGACCCUGACGAUCGCGCGUCUAUGCUCGCCACAGCGGCGCAUCCAAGCACCGCUUCAACAUCGCCACCAAGACCCACCUCUGGCGCUGUUUCGAAGCCGGUCCUGGUGGUGGAGCGUGUUUGCGGACAGCACGUAGGGGUGGACAUCGAGGCGUGCUACAUUCAACGUGAUGGCGGAUGUACCCUGCGUCCUCGCGUCAUGCUCGUGUAG